AUGGUCAGCUCCUGCUGCUUUGCUCCUGCCUGCUGCCAGCCAACAUGCUGCAAGACAGUCUGCUGCAGAACAACUUGCUGUAAGCCAACCUGCUUUGUGCCCAGUUGCUGCCAACCUUGCUGCCAGCCAUCCUGCUAUGAGUCCAGCUGCUGUCAGCCAACAUGCUGUAAGACAGUCUGCUGCAGAACAACUUGUUGUAAACCAAUCUGUUGUGAGUCUAGCUGCUGCCAACCCUGCUGUCAGCCAUCCUGCUGUGAGUCCAGCUGCUGUCUGCCAACAUGCUGUAGGACAGUUUGUUGGAAAAAAACUUGUUGUGAGCCAACCUGCUGUGAGUCCAGCUGCUGCCAACCUACCACCUGUAGCUCUAGCUGCUGCACACCUUGCUGCCAAACAAGUUCUUGUGAGCCAACCUGCUGUGUUCCCAGCUGCUGCCAACCUUGCUGUCAGCCUUCAUGCUGUCAGCCAACUUGCUGCAAAACAAUCUGCUACUUUUCACCCUGCUACAGCCCCAAUGGUUGUGGGUCCAACUGCUGUUCCCCAUCCUGCUGUUGA